UCAUUUCCAUUGUGGUUGUCAGUUAAGGGGUAUCAGGUUUCAUGAAUCAUGGUACUUACUUCCUAUGCUCUUCUGCCAUCUUGUCUGUAUUAAAUGUUCCGUCAAGGUGCUAUUUCUAUAUUUCUAAAUGCCAGCUCAGCCUUCUGUAGUAACUCAGUGUUCCACCAUCACUGUAGUUUUUAGCUGACUGCUCAGUCCACCUAAUGCACCAUUAUAUGAAGUCAGAAUGUUCAGUUCCAAUGCUAUCAGUGACAUCAGCAGUGAUGACAUCACUCUAUGAUACCACAAAGGAGUCUCUCUCUUGAAUGUAGCUCACAGACAGAGUUUUCUCAGACCUGUUCCUCGGUUCAAUCGCGGCAGAUCACUUUUCAGAGCACGUUCGAAAUAUUACACGCCUCUCAGAGAAGCAAAUAUUUACCAUAAAAUGGACAUGAAGCAACAACAAAUUGUUUGUGAACAUGAAGCUUUUCCAGCUGAGCUUUCAUGGCUCGACAUGAUGGAUCUCAACAUCCAAGUCGAUUACGACGAAGUCAUUUCUUUCGAAGAUGACGGCGACAGCCCCAUUAAACCGGAGGACGAAUCAGCAGAGAUCAAGGGGGAAUCCGGUCCUUCCGGUGACUCUGAGAGUCCAACAUCUUUAGAAGUCAAGCAGGAAACAACUCCCUCUGCUGGCUUCGAGGUUUCCCCCUCGGUGGAAGUCAUUGAAGAGAAAAACCAACACAUCGCUGAUCUCAAAAAGCAGGUAGGCGAUCUUAAGAAAGAAUUGCACAGAACAAUUAUUGAUCUCGAUGUGGAAAGAGACAGAAGGUUUGAAUAUGAGGCUGAAGUCCAAGCACAGCAGGAGGAGAUUCAAAAACUGAAAAAGAUGUUAGAGAAAGAACGUCACCUGCAAGCCCAACGUGAACAUGAAAGAAACGAGGCAGAGAUUAAAGAAGUGUCAAAAGUUUCUUCCGCUUCCAAAGUUACAACGGACAAGAGCCUACUUCAACAGCUGGAUCACUUCAAGAGGGAGGCUGAAAAAUACGCCUCCCGGAACAAAGGUUUGAUUGAAGUAAUGGUGGAAGAAUACAAGGAUCAGGUGGCAGACCUGAAGGAGAAGUUGAAACUUGCUCUGGAAAAUAACCAUCCAAGAGUUUCCACCCAACCAGAGGCCCCCCUGCAGACAGAAAGCUCCCUACAAACAGAGGAGUCCAAACAAAGACAGACCUCCCAUCCACCAGGGGUCUCCCAUAGCCUGGCUCGGCCUUUGCACCGACCCACACCCAGGUUUCAAUCAGAGGAGUCCAGGCAAAGUCAAACCUCCACGCAAACAUGGAGGUCCGAGGAAAGACAGGUGUCCAUGCGACCAACCUCCACUGGUCACAUGGACCAACCUCCACUUCAUGUUGGCAUUGGUGUGAAAGCCAGUCUAUGCCCGGCUCGACCUUUACACCGACCCACACCCAGGUGGUAUUAACCUAGGUCACCAUCAAAACCCAGGUUUUGCUCAAACUGAGCAUUAUUCUGAAAUUUGAGGCUUUACACAAAUUUGGUAAAUAAAAACAGAAACAGGCCUCAACACAAAUAAAAUUCCUGACUCCAAAAUCAAUGGAGAAAACACAAGAUCAGCUUCAGAGUUCAAAACAGCAUAAGAAACAUUAUUAAAACUUUCCUAUAUAAAAGCUGAUCAGGUAAAAUUUCUCAAAGAUUAAUUGAUUAAUUGAUCUCUCUAAAUUGUCCUAAGGUGUGAAUGUGUGUGUGCAAGAAUAAGUGUGUUAGAUGAUGGAUGGAUGAAUAUUUGUUAAAAGUGUCUGACAGUAGAAUAUGAAACAGAGAGUCUGUGAAAAGUCCUCUGGCUCUGCUACUGUCCAGAAACAACCAAUCAGAACCAAAAGACAAACUUUUGGUUCUGAUUGGUUUCUAAUGUGUUGAAUGUGUCUCAGCACAUUCAACACAUUAGACUACUAGUGUACUGCAGCUACGCAAUUGGCAGAAAUACAACCUAGCAUUAUAUCAUCAUUGUUUAUUUAUAGAAUAAUUUAGAAAACAAAAUGUUGUACAGGUUUGUCAAAACUAUUUCAACCCAUAUUAGAACUUUGAAUUGAUUUCCCUUCAUUUUAGUAGCUGCGAUUUUGCUUUACCCUAACAAUACUAGUCUAUUCCUAAUUCUAACAUUAACUAAACCUUAAUUGGCAUUUUACCUCUAAAUGUUACCCCUGACCCAAAGCAAUGAGUCCAUCAUAUUAGGACCAGGCUUUAGUCCUAAUAUAAUGGGACUAAUGUGACACUGGACAUAUAAUGGUGCGUUCACACCAAAGGUGUUUUGAGCGUCUGGUCUGCAUUCAAAGUCUAUAUGGAGGCACAUCGAGGGCCAUUGUGACGCGCUUCAAGUGUUUAGCGCGGCACAAUUUGAACCGUUUGGAGCGUUUGACACAUUUAGUGCAUCCA